AUUUAAUUAGCCAUUUGUCAAACGUAAAACGGAAUCAAUAUAUUCAAAUUUGGCGCCGUGGUAAUCAGUGCGCUUGUGUAUCUUUUAACGGCGUUCUGUGAUGGUUGAUUUGCCGAUUGAUGUUGUACAAUCCAUUAUGGACUUCAACAGUCAAGAAGCUGGUGAAGUGUAUAAAUAUUACACAAUCAUAAGUAACAAUGAAAAUAUAUGUUACAAAGACACUGCUGAUAGUGAACAACAAAUUGUAUUAUUAACAUUAAAAGAUGAACAUGAAGCUACAAAUGGGGGCAUCGGAGGUGAGGAUCAAAUGGAAGCUAUAGAUACUGUCAAAUGCAAUCAAAAUGUUAAAAUUAUUAAAUUAGAUGAAUGCAAAAUUCUCUUGACCACUGAUGAAGAUGAAAAUUUUGAAACUAUUGAACCUCACUUAAUUACAACAACUGAUGUAGAAAUCAAUGAAAAUACUGACAUUAAAACAGACAACAGUUAUGAAAUUAUUGAAUUGGUUGAUGGAAUGGUUGAAGAUACAGAAGGAAUGAAUGUAUAUUAUUGUAAUGUUGAAUCUCCACAGGAAAUGAAAAAGGAAAAGAAAUAUAUUUGCACAUAUGAAGACUGUGACAAGGCAUAUUCAAAUCCGACACAUUUUAAUGUACAUAUCAGAAGUCAUUCUAGGCCAUUUAAGUGUCCAGCAGAAGACUGCAAUAAGUCCUUUGCAACCAACUACUCACUGAAAUCACACUUUAGAACCCACACUGGAGAAAAACCAUAUAACUGCCCCAUGUGUUCUAAACAGUUCAAAACAACUGGAGAUUUGCAAAAGCAUGUUAGGAUACACACUGGUGAGCGGCCAUUCAUGUGUCCUAUAGCUGGUUGUGGAAAAUCUUUUACAACAUCAAACAUUCGUAAAGUCCACAUAAGGUCACAUACAGGUGAAAGACCUUAUGUAUGUACAGAACCCCAUUGCAAAAAAGCAUUUUCUUCAGCUACAAACUAUAAAAAUCAUCUCCGAAUACACUCUGGAGAGAAACCAUAUGUUUGUAGUAUAGAGGGAUGUAACAAAAGAUUUACAGAGUAUUCAAGUUUGUAUAAACAUAAUAUGGCUCAUCAAACUCAGAGACCAUUUGAGUGCAAUUUUGAAGGGUGUAUGCAAAAAUUCAAGCAAGAAUCUGCUUUAAAUUUGCAUAAGAGAGUGAAGCAUAAAGUUAUUGUUGGGAGAGAUGGAACUGAAAUUGUUGUUGAUUUAGUUUAAUUUAUUUAUUUUAUACAUAUUUUUUACAUAUUUAAUUCAAUAUAUAUUAAAACAUAAAA